UGGCAUCAAGAUAACCGUCUAAGUGAAUCUGACUCAUUUUUGUUUCGUCAAAUAAUACUGAUUCUCUGCAAAAUAAAAGUGUAUCCAGAUAAAUUGACUCAGUCGAUUGUAAGUUGUUUGAUAGAUAUUGGAAACGAUUUACAGUAUUUAUAUAACAAAGAUAACAUGGAAUAUUUUUUGAAAUUAGUGGGUCUUUACACACAAAAUGAACAAAUUAUGGAAGCAAUUGUGAAAUGUAUAUGUUCACAGUAUUACAUUGAAAUGUUUCAAUGGACUGAAUGUGAAAAUUUUCUAUUGACAUGUCCAACGUACUGGAUAGCUUAUAGAGGUCAGACAAGUAUUUUCCACUGCAGUUGAUCUGAAGUUUCGAAUGUUUUUCAGGCCCGCAUAGAGAAGAGAUGGCCAAUAUGUUAUUGGAUAGUCUGUUAAUAUCUGUAGUUGAUAUACUGCAGCAAAAAUACACUAAACAAAGGCAGAAACCUUUGAUCUUAUUGAUUGAUUUACUGAGUUAUAGUCUUACACUGUGUGCCACAAGUAAAUUUGAAAGUGAUCAUCUGAUGAAAAUGAUCGAUGGUUUAUUAUCGAUACUAAGCGAACAAGCAUUACUCGAAGAAAAUCGACCAAUGAUCAAAAGUAUUCUUCAUUUGUUGUUAAUUUUGAUCAGCAAUAAUGAAAUGAUUUUGCAUCGCAUCAAAGAAUUUCAGAAAUUCUUUCUGACACUGAUUGAUAUAGAAGAUGAAGCAUGCCUUAUAUUAGCUUUGUUGAUGAAUGAUGAUGAAAUUAAAACUAUAGUCAAUAGCAAGGAGAACUUUAGUAUGGUUUUACGGGAAUAUCUUUGACAACAAAAUAAUGAAGAAGAUAGUCGAAUUAAGACACUAAUACAAAGGUUGAAAGGUAAGUAGACUUUGCUAACAUAUUUCAUGUAGAAUUUAAUUAGUAAAAGAAUAAAACAAAAAAAUAAGCAGACAGAAACAGUGAUACACUAAGAAAAAAGAUUAGAAAAUUCACAAUCGAAUAGAAACUAUUGUUUCAUUUUUAAAUUAGCUAGCAAAACGUUAGCAAAAAAUUAAAGUUUUCCUAUCUUCUGUGUCUACAAGAGUUUAAGCAUUUCCUAGUAUUGAUUUUUAACAGCCAAAUUUAAGUCAGUAAUAACUCAGUGUGUAUAAACGACUUGUAUAGUUUUCAGUUGUGUAUUACAAUUCUUUUAUAAUUCUUCGAAUGUAUUCUUUCUUAACAGCUACUUUGUAGGGUUUGUUCAACAUCAGUAAAUUGUUUUUCCCAUAACACGAAUCUUAACUUUAUCACAGAACGAUCCAAAACAUUUGAAGCGAUGACAACUUGUUAGAGCUGUUUUUAUAUUUGAUGUUGUAUCGCUAUGUUAAGUUUUUUCAUUAUUGGGUAUUUCAUCUUAUGAAAGUACCUGAUCGAUAAAGAACGAGGGAAACAUGUCACCUAGGAUAAGCUUUGCAACAGAUCGUGAUAGGAAUAGAAUACUUGAAACUUACUAUAAUUCUUCUACAGCACACUUGAUCUGAAUAGAUGAACUAGCAGUCUAUAAUAUACCUAAAAACACUAAUAUUCAUUGAGGAUGUAUCCAAAGAUUCAAAGUAAACUUCUAUAUAAAACUGGAAAACUAUCAAAUCUAGCUGUUUGGAGAUGGAUAUAUGCAAUUAUUUAUGUUUCGUCUUUAUUCAAACAUAUCAAAAGUACGGGUGUACAAUACUAGUGAACGACUAUUAGUGAACUGAUAUUGAACAGUAGGCCAUCAAAGUCUCAGCAUCGUUGUAUGCGUACCAAGAUCAUCGCUAAUCACUAUUUAGAAUCGAAUUAAGUGAUUACAUUCUACAGAAUUUUGUGUCUGAAAGAAGUAUUUCUAGCCAUAAACAAUCUAUUCAUACAUAAUUAAGAUACUCAAUAAUGAGAAAAAAUGAUAAAAAAAUAAAAAAACGAUCCUGACAUUUUUUUUUCAUAUUCGAACGAUAAAGAUCACUUUCCAGAAAAUAUUCAAUACCAAAGCACAAACAAGAAAAGAGGUUAUUGAUUUCAUUGAUGAGCCUUCUAGUGGAAAAUUAUAGUAGAAACAGAAAUACUAUAUGAUUUGCUCAUUCUUCUAUCGGCCAAAAUAUGAUGGAAUUGCUGACAUAUAAAUCAUCUUCAUGUUCUGAUUAAUCAAUAAUUUUUCUCUUACCUAUAGUUGUACUGGAACUCUCAGUUAAUGAAGAAGAAACAAUAACUCAACGUGCAGUUCCAACUACACUUUCACUUCAAUCAAUCAUUGUAUCCAAUGAAAAUACGAACAAAGAAGAAGUAGUAUUAAUUUGGUACGAUAAAAACAUUGGGAUAUACAAUGACACAAAAAAAACUAUCGAAUUACUUCAACAAAUAAACGAUUAUGUUUCAAUUUGUUCGAAUCGCGAGACAUGCAUUGAAUAUAUUAGACAAAUUCAAACAGAAAAAAUCUUUCUUAUUCUAUCAGGUUCUAGUGCACACGAUAUUCUAGAUGAAAUACAUGAUCAUCAACAAAUUGAUUCGAUUUUUAUUUUUUGUAUGAAACGUGAAAAGUAUGAGACAUAUUUAAAUAACAACAAAUAUUAUAAAGUCGUUGGAAUCUAUACGAAACAUGAACCAUUAUUGACUGCUCUACAAGAAAAUAUUCGUUAUUUAAUAAAACAAACAGAAGCAGCAGGUUUAUUUGAUCAAGAUGAACGAUCAAUGAGAAAUUUAAAUCGAGAAUUAUAUACAUUUAAUUGUUUUUUUGCAUUCAAACAAGUUCUUUUAAAAACUGAUUACAAUAGCGAUGCAGCAAAACGUGAAAUGAUUGAAAUAUGUCGGAAUUAUUAUCGUAACAAUAAAAAAGAACUAAUGAAUAUUGAUGAAUUUGAACGAACAUAUCAAUCACAGGAUGCAAUCUAUUGGUAUACUAAACAAACAUUUCUCUAUCGUUUAGUAAAUAAAGCAUUACGAACUGAAGACUAUGAAGCAAUGUUGGUGCUUCGGUUUUUUAUCCUUGAUUUAUGCGAAAAUCUUCGACAAAAGUAUGAAGAAUUAAAACAACAUUCACACAUUGUUAUAUCCUAUCGUGGAUUAAAAUUAACACCACAAGAGAUUUAUAAUCUUAAACAGAAUGUAGAUGAAACAAUAGUAACAAAUGGAUUUCUAUCGACUAGCAGAUCAAAAGAUGUUGCUUAUGCAUUUGCAAAGAAAGGUACAAAACGUUCGAAUGUUGAAACAGUUAUGCUGGAAAUUGAUGUGGAUAUGUCAAAAGUAACAGUAAUUCUAGCUGAUAUUGCUCAAUAUAGUGAUUAUCCAGAAGAACAGGAGAUUCUCUUCGAUUCAGGUGCAUCAUUUACUAUAAAUUCAGUACUUUAUGAUAUGAUAGAGAAGAUAUGGGUUGUUAAAUUGACAGCUAAGGCAGAAGAGUCAUGGAUUAGUGAUAUACAAACAUUCCUGAACGAAUAUAGUUCAGAAAGAGAUAUGAACAUAUUGUUGGGUAAACUAUUGUAUAGAAUGGAAAAGUACAGCGUAUGUCGAAAAUAUUUCAAAAACCUUAUCAAUAUCUAUGGAAAUGAAGAACACGAAAAAUUAGCUAAAAUUUAUGAUUAUAUUGGAAGAUCGUCCCAUUGGCUGGAAGAUCGUGACGAAGCUAUUGUUAAUUGUGAAAAAGCAUUUGAGUAUUAUGUUUUUAUAAAUCGUUUGGAAGAUGCUGCCAUGAUAACAAGUUUGAUUGCUACUCAGUAUAAGAUUAAAGAUGAUAAAGUGAAUGGACGACUUUAUCUCAUGAAAUCAUACGAUAUGUGGAAGGAAACGCCGACAUAUUAUUCAGAAAAUCCUCAUUGUGGCAUAGGUCGUAUAAUGAUAUUGUUUGGCUUAUUUGAAGAAGAUAAUCUAAUAAAACGUGAUUAUUUCUUAAAAGCUUUGAAAAUAUAUGAAAAUCCAUCUAACACGUGUGAACAUAGCGAUCACGAUGAAGAGAUUGCAAUAGUGUGUGACCUUAUAGCAAGUAUAUAUUAUGAAGAUAACGAUUAUGACAAAGCAUUCGAGUAUAUUAUGAAAAGUAUCAAUAUUCUAGGAAAAAAAAUGGUGUCAGCUCGAACUCGUAAAUACUACGUUCAAUGUCUCAACCUGUUAUGGAGCAUUUGUGACAAAACCUAUAACGAUCUUUGGUCGACAUAUAAAAACCAGUUCGAUCAGUUAUUCGAUAUUGAACUUGUUCAAUUAGAUCCUGACCUCAAAGACCUGUUCGACAGUACAAUUGAUCUACGAAGAAUACAUCUUGACACUAGAGAUGCUGAUAGUAGAGUAUCAGCUGAGUUUUUACAACAUUCAUUGAAAUUAUUGAAAUUUCUUCUAAAAUCCGAUCCAAAGAAUUAUGAGAAAAUUAUCCAAGCACAUAUGGACAUUGGUCUAGCUUAUGAGAAAACAAAAGAUUAUGAUUGGUCAUGUCAACACUAUGAAAAAGCUUUAGAAAUGUGUCAAACAUACGCUCCAAAUAAUUCAAAACAGAUUUCAACAAUUUUUAAACAUUUAAGUCAUAUAAGUUUGGAUAGAAAUAAUUUUGAUCAUGCUAUUAAUCUUCGAAUGAAAUCGCUUAGUGUGAACGAAAAAACAUAUCAUCUAACAGAGAAAGAAAACGAAGCUCAAUGUUAUUAUGAUAUUGAUCAGAAAUUCCUAUCUAUUGAUCCUGACAAAGUACUUGAAUUUAUUCAAAAAUCAUUAGAAAUUCGACAACAAAUUUUACCAGAACAUCACGUCAACAUUGCCUUUUGCCAUCAUGAUAUUGGUGUUGCUUACGAGAAGAAAGAUAUGUUUGAUGCAGCACUAGAACAUUACGAAAAAGCUAUUGAAAUAUAUGAAAAACAUUUAUUUGAUAAAGAAGAAUAUCAAUUUAAUGUCAAGAAGGCGUACAGUCGGUGUUGUUCUAAUAUUGCUAAAAUUUAUUGUCAUCAAAGAAAAUAUGAUAAUGCAUUUACUUAUAGAAUGAAAACAUCAAGUAUUGACGAAAAGUACUGUGACUUAAGCGAAAAAGAAAAGGAAGCACAAUGUUACUUUGACAUUGCUAAAGAGUUAUAUGGGACAGAUCCUAAUAAAGAACUUGAGUUUACUGUAAAGUCAUUACAAAUUCGACAAGAAAUUUUACCAAGAGACCACAUCACCAUUGGUUUUUGUUAUCAUGAAAUUGGUGCAGUUUACGAAAAAAAAGUCAUACUUGACAUAGCAUUAGAACAUUACAAAAAAGCAAUUGAGAUUUAUGAAAAACAUUUAUUUGAUAAAGAAGAAUAUCAAUUUAACGUCAAAAAAUGUAACGAUAUAUGUCAUACUAAUGUUUGUAUAAUUUAUUGUCGUCAAAGAAAAUAUGAUGAUGCAUUCGUAUAUAGAAUGAAAGCAUUAUGUGUUGACGACAAGAAAUGUCAUUUAACUGAAAAAGAAAAAGAAGCACACUGUUACUUUGACAUUGGUAAUGAGUUAUGUUGCACAGAUCCUGAUAAAGCACUUGAAUUUAUUCUUAAAUCAUUAGAUAUUCGACAACAAGUGUUACCAAGAGACCACAUCACCAUUGGUUUUUGUCAUCAAAAUGUUGGUGCAAAAGAAUAUGAAUUUAAUGUUCUACAGCUUUAUGGACAAUGUCAUAACGGUUUAGCUAUAUGUUAUGCUAGUAUCGAAAAAGGUAAAAAUGUUAAUGCAAUUGAUUAUACGUUAAAAGCAUUACAAAUUUUUCAACAAUAUUCUCCAGAAAAUAAAAUCGAUGUUGCCCGAUGUUAUUGGAAUUAUGGUUAUAUCUCAUGGAUGAAAGGACAAUACAAUGAAGCAAUUGAACAACUAUAUAAAUCAUUAGACAUAGUAUUAUAUCAAAACACAAUUGAUGUAGGACGUUCCUACCAUCUUUUAGGUGUUUGCUAUUACGAAAAAUUCGCAUAUCAACAAGCAUUAUCAUUUUUUGAAAGGGCCUUGAAAAACUACGAACAAUUUUUACGAAAUCUAAACGAUGAAAAUGCCGGACUACUAUUAUAUUAUACAUCUUUAUGUUUAUUCAAAUUGAAUAACUACAAUCAAGCUCUAGAAUAUGCAAUCAAAUCAAAUCAAGUUCGGGAUGAAAUAUUUUCAUCGAUACAUGUGCAAAGAGCAGCAUCACAUAGUAUAUUAGCAUUAAUAUAUGCAAAAUUACGACAAAAAGAAAAAUCUAAUCAACAUCGUAUUGAAGCUUUAGAAAUAUCGAAACAGUUAAUUUCAAAGAAUGAAAAAGUCACAAACAUUGGCAGUAUAUUUGAGAAUAUUGGUGAACUGUAUAAGAAUCGAAAUAAUCAACGGCAAGCUCGAAAAUAUUAUAAAAAAGCACUACAAUAUACAAAGCAAGAGAAAGUGGAUGAUCAUCCAGAUAUUGAACGUAUUCAAAAAAUUAUUGAUAGUUUAUCAACAAACUAA